CUCACCUUUUACGCCAAGCAUCUGCCCAGUAGUUGACUCUCUCUCUCUCUCUCUCUCUCUCUCUCUCUCUCAACCUCACAUGGCGUUUCUCCACCGGAACCCCCUCACCACCCCUUCAACCUCCCUCUGCCUCUUCUCUCUCCUCUUCCUCUCCAACACCCACCUCCUCUCUCUCUCCACCACCACAACCACCGCAGACAUCCACGACCUCCUCCUCCAAUACGGCUUCCCAAGAGGCCUCAUCCCCGACGCCGUCAAAUCCUACUCUAUCUCCUCCGACGGAUCCUUCGCCGUCAACCUCGACCGGUCCUGCUACGUCCACUUCGACGACGAGCUCGUCUACUACGACAAGGUGGUCAAGGGGAAGAUGAGUUACGGGUCGGUCUCCGACGUGUCGGGUAUCCAGGCCAAGAAGCUCUUCUUGUGGGUCCCUGUCACGGGUAUGACCGCGGAUUCGGAUGCGGGUAUGAUUGAAUUCCACGUCGGAGCUUUGUCCGAGAAACUGCCGGCCAAGCAAUUUGAGUCCAUUCCCAGUUGUAAGAACAAGGGGGCGCGAGAGUCUCUUGUUGAGUCAAUCUGAGGUAAUUUUUUGCUUUUCUUUCGACUCCAUGCCGUGCAUUUUCCCCUUGGAGCAAUCCAAUUUCAUCAACUUAUGGGAAGGCCAAGCGCAUGACUUCGUAUAACCUGUUACUGUACAACAUGUUUUAAUAGACCCCAUAAACAUUUCAUCAAAUAAAAUCCGGUCAGUGUAAAUUUCCUUCAGUCUUGGUCACAAACUUCUUGUUCAAUUGCAAAAUACAGCAGCAAUGCCUUGGUUUGGUGUCAA